AUGAAUGAAAUUUUAGACGAUGAAACAUUCAUAUCAAAUGAACUUUUUUUCAGUAUUAUUAACCUUAUCUCUGAUAAAUUUGAUACAUUUAAAGGACAAACUGAAUUAGAUGGAGAGAUAAUUCAAGAUACAGAACACAAACAAAAAAUGCAAUUUGUAGGCUUUAAUGCCAAAACUUUUCACAAUUUUUUCGCAACUGUGGAUGUAAAAUCGGAUGCUUCUGAUUGGUAUUUCUCAGGAAAAAUCAUUUUACGUAGAAACAAUUUCAAAGAAAUAAAAAAAUCAAAAAAGGGUAGUGGUGUUACCCUACUCAAAAAGAUAAAUGAAUAUGCCGGUAUAAAUUGUUUUAUACCAAGCGAUGGAUACUGGUUUGUAAAGGGCGUAAAUCGUCUUUUAAACGAAGACUACACAAAAGAAUUUCAAGAUUUCAUCAACAGUUUUUCAAAAUCAAACAGAAAAGGAGUUAUGACAACUGUUAGAAUCUGUGAAUUCAAUAAGAAAUUUAAUACUUAUUUUCAAAUUUAUAUGCCCAAACAUAGAUAUUUUCAACCAAAGAAAGUAUCCGAGGAAUUAGAUUGGGUAUUUUACUUACAUAAAUCGCAUUUCUGUCUCAUUAGAAGAAAAAACAAAACCUUAGGCAUUAGAGAAAUAGAAGAUAAUUACGAUGAAAACGUAUGGAGAACUUGUAGAGAUGAUAAUGCGGUAACACAAGUUUCACCUCUAAAACUAAACGUUUGUCCAACAAUUCACGAUGAUUGUUUAUACGCAUGGGAUUGCGAAACCUAUAGCGAAAAAGAAACGAAUAAAGCCAUUCCUUAUUCUUGCACGUUAAUUAAUUUAGAAAAACUAAGAAAACUGUUAGACAGAAUAAAAAAUAACUUUCCAGAUUUAAAUCCCACUGAUAGUAUUCCAGAAGAAUUUUAUAAUAAAUUAAUGAAUAUAGUAGAAAUAUUUGUGGGUAAAGAUUGCAUCGAUCAAAUGUUGCAACGUUUAGGAAAAAUAGAUCAAAAAGAAUAA